UACUCUUGUACAUCGUACACCAAAAUAUUAAUUGUGUUUUAUUCCCUUUUUUUUUUCUUGAAAAGUCUAAAUAAAAUUGAUAUCUAGUUCAUCAAAAGCGGAAGUUUUAUUUGUAAUUUUUCGGACGGCUGUGUAGAUUGAAGUUAAAAAAGAACACAUUGUAAAAAUGGAAGAACAAACAAAUUCAACAGAAUCAGAUGCAUCAGAUGCAACAAAAUCAAAUUUAGUUGAAAAGGGAGCUAGAGAGGAAGAGAAAGAAAAUGAGAAAACUGUGGACUUUAAAUUUAAAACACCAAAACACCGCAAUUCAAGUGAUGGAGGAGUUGAAAAUAUGCCUUUUAAGCGCAUGAAAUUUACUGAUUUUCAAAACGUCAGUAAUCGAAUGUCAAAAAUAAUGGUGCCAUUUACUUUUGGAUAUGAUGGCAGUAAGAAAACCAUACAACAAUCUAAAAUUGGAAGGCGUCGAAUGAGCCAAUGGAGUGUACAGAGUAUACAUGAUGAAGAUUCGGUUGUGGUCGAUAUGGUCCAUCCCGAACCAGCUGUCGAAAAUAAAUCUCAAAAACUGGAAAAUGAGAAAAUUUCAACGUCUGAAUCACUUAAUGGCGUACAUACUGAGCCAAUUGAAGAAGUUAAUUUGAUUGAAGCUUCAACUGUUGUCAAAUCACCUGAUAAAUCACAACCAAAAGCUGCGAGUAUAUUGUACAGAAGAAAGAGCGCACGUUUCUCUGCAUCUGGCGAUAAUCUGGGCUCGCUUUUUAUUGAAUUGGAUCGAAAUAAAGAUGUUGACAUUGAGAGUACAAUCGAAGAAAAAUCAAACCAUUUUGAAUCGCCAGCUGAAGGUAUUGAGAGUAGUAACAAUCACUCGUUGCCACAAAUUGAUCAUGAUAAAACUGUAUCACAAAUCGAAGCUGAAGAAAAUGGAGAAAUAUCGCAAAAUAAUCGACAGGAGAACGUGUCGGAACUUCUAACCAAACAUCGAGAUGAUAAUGUCAAAUUAUGGCAAACAAGAAAUAAGUCGAUCAGUGAUCCAUUAUUUCACUGUUUUGAUUUGGUCGAAAAAUUAAACACAAAUACAAUCAAAGUGGCGUGUCUUCUGUGUGAUCCAAUGAAAGACCCAUUAACCAUCAAAGUUGGCAGCAAUUCCAACUUAAAGGCACAUUUGAAGAGAAUGCACACAAAUCUCUACGAAGAAUUGAAAAAUGUUUACGAUGAUCAAAAAAUGAUAGAAACAGAUGGUGAACGCAAGGCAAAAAGGGAUGAAAUACAGGAUCUUAUUCUGAAAUUCGUUAUAAAAGAGCGUCUACCGUUGCAAAAAGUCGAAAGUAAACAUUUGAACCGUUUAAUUGAAUUCUGUUUGAAUGGCAGAAGAGAUGUGAACAAAAAUAAAAAUGAUGAAUCAUCCAAGCCAACGUGUUUCCUUACGCGAAAGGUUGCCAGACAAAAAAUCAGGAAUUUUUCUAUUGAAAAUCGAACACGUAUAAAGGAACGAUUGAAAGCAAUAAAAUUUAUUAGUGCGACUUCGGAUAUUUGGUCUAGCAAUAAUCGAUCCUAUAUUGCUGUCAGCACGCAUUAUAUAAAUACUGAAAAGGGAACAAUUGAAACCGAAUUCCUUGCUUCUCGAAGAUUCCGUGGUAGCCAUAACAAUGAGGCAGUAGCCGAAAUAUUGAAAUUAAUUUUCAAUGAAUAUGAAAUCGCUGAAAAAGUUUUUUUCAUAACUACCGAUGGCGCAGGAGAAUAUAAAUGUGCAAUGGCUCGUUUUGGUGAUAAUUAUAAAUCUCUUAUUCCACUAUUGCAUUUAUCCGAAGGUGAAGAUAUUGACUAUCAUGCCGAACCCGAUAUCGAUAGUGACAGCGAUUCUGAAGAAGAGAUUUCCGAUUGUACAUUGGCUGUUCCAGACUUUCAAUGUGACGCCGCUGAGGCCAGCACUAGUGAAACGGGUUCACUUUUUAUUGUCAAAGAUAUAUUGAGUGGGGCGUUAGAUGUUCAACUUCCUACACGCAUAGAUUGCAGUUCACAUUUAUUUGAUAAAAUUGGUAGCAAAGAUUCAUUUGAUGCCGUCCUGGAUGAUACGUAUUGUGAUAAAUAUUCAAAAGUGAUGGAUAAACUGAAUCUGAUUUGGAAUGUGACACAGUCGAGAUUGAAAACUGAACUUUUCGAGAAAUAUACAGAAUCCAAAUUGGUUAAGCCUCAUCGAAUAAGAUGGAACAAACUAUAUGAUGCGAUUGAACGCAUAUUAAGUAUAAAUGAAGUAAAGCUGAAAGCAGCGUGUACUGUAGUGACCAUUCCAGUUUUGGAUAAGGACGAUUACACAUUUCUCAAUGAAUAUAUGAAGGUGAUUCAACCAAUUGCUGAAGCUCUAAAAGCAUUGGAAGGCAAUCGAGAUACCUUUGGUUCCUAUCUGCCAACAUUAUUUGGUUUGAAAUUUAAACUUGAUGAGCUUAAAAAGACACGUUUAAAGUUCUGUAAACCAUUACUUCAAAAUGUCUGCGAUGGUUUUUCUACUCGAUUUUGCAAUAUGAUGGAUUUAAAUAGUCCGAAAUCAAUACCGCUUUAUAUGGCUAUGGUGACAAAUCCAAGUUUUAAACUCAAUUACUUGUCACAUAAUACUCCGAUGUCCGUUUUGAAAAAAAUACAAAAUAUGCUUUUAAAAGCAGCUGAAGAAUUGGCAAAUGAUGAAAAAAAUGAUUCGCCUGAAGGAAACUGUACCGAACCAGCUACCAUUGUCACUAAUAAAUUAGCAACCUCUUUUCUAAUUAAAAAUGAUGUCAGCAGCAAGUUUAAAUCAUCGAUGAACAUGAAUUUCAAUGUCGUUCGUGAGAUAAACACAUAUUUGGGUUCACCAUGCAAUCAUGAGUAUGAAUACUUGAAUCAAUAUCCAAAUAUCAAACAGCUCUUUCUUAAAUUCAAUUGCAUUCGAUCAUCCGAAGCCAUUUGUGAAAGAAUGUUCAGCUACGCAGGUCGACCAUAUUAUCAUAUAAAAUCAUUGUUUGUGUGGGGAUUUUCCUUUUUGUUGUGUCAAUUUCGGUGGAUUGUGGUUUUUUGAAAUUGUUUUUUUUAUAUAUAUAUAUUUAGCAAAUAAUUUCAAUUAUUCUCUGUAUAUGAUUUUAAUUUUCAUUUAACAUAAAUAAUUCAUAAGCAGCAACUAAUAAUUUGGGUUAUUCUAUUUAGGAAUGAUAUUCACGGAUAAGCGCCGAAAAAUGACAGACGAUUUGUUCGAGAGUCUAUUACUUCUUCACAUGAACAAUUGGGAGUAAAAAUGUACAAAGAAAGUUGAAUCGUAUACGAGAAAAGUUGUUUUGAAAACUGGACUUUUCCCAAAUUUUUUGGUGUAUUUUGAGAGAAUUUUCUGCAACCGAAAAAAAAUAUUUAAAUAUUUAAAAAAAUACUGAACAUAUUUUUCAUUUAA